UCUGUCAGAGCCAGUUCCUCCAUUUAAGAUGCUGACUUGUUUAUGUUGAAGGGACAAGUGAAUGACUUUUGUUAGCUCCUGUGCUUUACUUUGAAGCUUGUUUGAGGCUUUUUCCUCUUAACAUGUCUGCUUUGUUGCAGUUGGAGGGAGCGUGAAGUCUGUUUUGUUGUUGAUUUGUGGCUGAUAGAUAUCUUCAGAUAGAAGAGAGAGGGAGGCUGACUGACACGCUGAGUGGUUUGAUAAGCAGGGUUUAGGCGUGGAGUUCAGUCUAGUCGAUGACCAGCAGCUCUCCGUCCUGUGCCCGCUCUUGUUGUCCUGGGCACGUAAACACAUAGAGGACACAGAGGAGGAGGAGGAGAAGGAGGAGGAGGAGCAGGGUCAACCAUGGAGCUGUAGGGACACGUUCAGAUGCCCGUGCGGAUCACCAGUGGAGGAGGAGUGCCGCAGAGGAGAAGAGCCCUGCAAUGAACAAGACCAAGAGGAAACCCAGUGAGAGCCCUGGUGUGCUGAAGAGCAGGAAGUUGGUCCAAAGGAGGAGGAACACAUGUCCCAGUCCUCAGGACAUCAGCCGGGCCCUGCAGAGCCCCAGCUCUGCUCCCAGCGCCAGUGCUGCCAGCCUGGAUGAGCUCAUACAGCGCUGCCUGAACUGCUUUGAUUCAGAGGGGAAGCUCUCCAGUCCAAGAGGGUCCCAGCUCGUCCACAUGACGCUGAUGAUGCACAGUUGGGUCGUGCCGUCUCAGACAUUCACCCAGAAACUUCUCACCCUUUAUAAGGAUUGUCCUGUGGACAAGAGAGGGCUGAGGCGGACACAGAUCUGCCACCUUGUCAGGCAGUGGAUCAGCCAGUUCCCAGCAGUAUUCGAGGCAGACCCCCUCCUUGAGCAGACUAUGGGGGACCUGUGGGCGCUGGUUCGGUCAGAUGGAGAGAAGACUCACUCGCAGCUCAUCGACACCUCCUGCUUAAGCCCUCAUGUGAACAUAUCCCAGGCGCCCUCACCCUCUGUCAAGAAAAGGAAGGUUUCUUUGAUCUUCGACCACAUGGAACCAGAUGAAAUGGCGGAGCAUCUCAGCUACCUGGAAUUCAAGAACUUCUGUAACGUUUCAUUCCUGGACUACCGCAGCUACGUGGUGCGAAGCUCGGUGAGGGACAACCCUGCACUGGAGCGGUCAGUCAUGAUGUGUAACGGAGUCUCCCAGUGGGUCCAGCUGAUGAUCCUCAGCAGACACACAGCCCAGCAGAGAGCUCAGGUCUUCACCAAGUUCAUCUAUGUGGCUCAGAAACUUCGGGCUCUGCAAAACUUUAACACUCUAAUGGCAGUAACUGGAGGCCUCUGUCACAGCUCAAUCUCCCGCCUCAAAGACACCUCUAACCUGCUGCCUCCUGACGUCACUAAGGCCCUGAGUGAGAUGACAGAGCUGCUCUCCUCGCGCAGCAACUACAGCAACUACCGGCGGGUUUACAAUGAGUGCACUGGCUUCAAGGUGCCCAUCCUGGGUGUCCACCUGAAGGAUCUGAUCUCGCUGAACGAGGCCCUGCCAGACUACAUCGACGAGGACAAGAUCAAUCUGAGCAAGCUGCAGCAUCUGUACAGCAACAUAAAUGACCUGCUGGCCAUUCACAGCUGCACGCCACCCUUUGAGGCCAACAAAGACCUUCUUCACCUGCUCACGCUCUCUCUAGAUUUAUACUACACUGAGGAUGAGAUAUAUGAACUUUCAUACACCAAGGAACCCAAGAACCCGAAGAUCCAGCCUGUAGCUCCAGUUAAACCACCAGUAGUGGCAGAGUGGGGUUCAGGAGUCACCCCCAGGCUCGACCCUGACACCAUAUCCAAACACGUCAAACAGAUGGUGGAUUCCAUCAUGAAAAACUACGACCAGAACCAAGAUGGCUACAUUUCACUGGAGGACUUUGAGAAAAUAGCAGCCAACUUCCCCUUCUCCUUCUGCACUCACGAAACUGACAGGGAGGGACAAAUCAGCCGUGAAGAAAUCACCUCUUACUUCAUGAGGGGAAUGUCUAUAUGUGCCAAGCUGGGCUACAACUUCAAAGACGCGCAUAACUUCCACGAAACCACAUACAAACGGCCAACGUUCUGUGACACAUGUGGAGGCUUUCUGUGGGGAGUCAUCAAACAGGGUUACCACUGUAAAGACUGUGGGAUAAACUGUCACAGACACUGUAGAGAUCUGGUGGGAAUGGAGUGUUUGAAGAAACACAAAAACACAACUGGGUCCUGCCCGUGCACCCCCGCACCCGACCUAAGAACCAAGGGCAACAGCUGGAGUUCAGAGGAGGAGACCUUUGUUUUUCCCCAAAGUAACGAGACAGAACACAACAAGGGCACUUUGGUUUGGAAAAAUAACACCAGUGAUUCAACGCUGUCAGACCGGUCCACUCAGACAGAUCCUGGAGUGUGGACACCUGAGAAAAAAGACAAGAGGGGAAACAACCACAACUCUCUUGUAUAUGCGUCUCGAGAUAGAAAGAGAACUGAGAAAAGUAACCUCAGCCACCUCACCCUCACCACCAACGGUCAACACACUGCCUUCGAGAACCAGAGGCUGCUCCAUGCCUGUUUCCUUCUUACAGGAGAAGAUGGAGGAGCUGCACCUCUACAAAGACAAGAGCAGAGAGCCAGACUGACCGCUCUUAUCUUCAAACAUUUCCCCACAUGGACAAAACAUCCAGAUGCCACCACGUCUCUUGACACAUCUGUGUCUGACCGGUGUUGAACUGAUGAGAUUUGACUGGCCAUUCACUUGAGAAUGCCAGCAAUCAUAAAUGGACUCCUUCAAGUAUGCUUGUGACAUGUUUUUAUUUUUGUCGUUUGUAUUAGUUUGGCUUAUUGUUUAGGCUUCAAACAUUGAUUCUACUGUAAUUUAUGAACACCUCAUUUUGUUUUUAGAACAUGUGCCUUGGUUCUCUGGUGCUAAGAUUCCAUACAACCUCAAUCCAUGACGGUAACUUAUGACAGCCUGCAGACAGACAUACCAGUUUCCUGAUCAAAUAUACUCAUCAUAAAUGCAGGGUAGGAAAUUAACACUAACCUCAACAAAAUUCUGGUUAAUUUUAAGUUUGGCAGCUACUGUCUUUGAAAACUUUGCUCAUGAAUUUGGAAAGUAAGCUGGUAAAAACUUCAAGAAUUUCUGUUUCUCUGGCUUUGCAUUGGGUGAUAUGAUGGUUGUCUAUUCCCGUAUCAUCUCUGGUCGUAUAAAGCCCACUUUCUCCUUUUUUUUUUAGGGGGUGGUGGGGGUAUUGGCUUUGUUGGAUUUUUGCAUGUGAUUAACUACUUUAACAUCUUCACCUGGUUCCCAAGAAAUGUUCAUCAAAAUCUCUAUAGCUAUCACAAAUACAUUUUUUGAA